AUGGAAAUCGAUGAGUGUGCUGAGGAUAUAAAAGACUCCCAUCCAGUUAUGCUUGCCGAGGCAAGAUAUUUGCUUGAAGGACAGAAAGAAAGAUUCCGAGCAGAUUUUAGAUCGAAUGCAUCGAAGAUAUUUAGAUCAACAUUAGGAUAUUUGGACGAGUUCUGCAGGAUUAAAGACAAGUCGGUUGCAGAAGACCUCCGAACAACCUUUUCUGGAUUAGGGUUCAGCGAGGUUGAGAUAGCCUUGCUUGGAUCCCUAUUCCCCCAGUCUGUUGAGGAGGCCAAGUCACUCAUUCCAUCUCUGGCGUCUAAGGAUGAUGACACAAUCAGCCAUGCUGUUGAGAAGAUACAGCAGCUUAUGUGA